AUGGAUCUACUAACAACAGCCCUCUUGGUGGGCGCCAUUGGGAUUUUGGUAGCUUAUUUCUGGCUGCACCGUCCUAAUCCAAAAUGUCCGCCAAGUCCUAGCGGUGCUUGGCCAAUCGUUGGACACCUGCUACAACUGACCGCUGACCCAAGGGUAAAGUUCGCCAAGUUUAGAGAGCAAUGUGGCGAUGUUUACAGCCUGUACCUGGGCUCCACUCGCGUGGUGGUCUUCAACGGCCUCGAUGUGGCCAAGGAGGUGCUGGUCAAACAAGGAGACGACUUCAUGGACAGGGCCGUCAACUAUGUGGACAUUGCGUCCGACAGUGUCAACAAGGGCCUAGCCUCAUCAAAUGGUCCUGCCUGGAAGGAACACCGGCUCUUCACGAUGACAGUCCUCAAAAACUUUGGCCUGGGUAAGAAUAUGCUGGCUGAGAAAGUUCAGGAAGAGGUCAAUUACUUCAUGGAGCUUCUGGAGAGUUUCCAGGGAAAACCCAAAGACGUCGACUCCCUAACGACAACCGCCGUGUCAAACAUUAUGUGCUCAAUAAUAGUCGGCAGGAGAUUUGACUACGAUGAUCAACAGUUUGCCCAAAUUCUCGAGCUCAUCAGGUACAAUCUGUCUAAACUUAAAGGAACUGCUUUGUUAAAUUACUUUCCAUGGCUUCGCUUUUUGCCUGGUGAUCUGUUUUAUUGUAAAAUUAUAACCAAGAAUUUUCGAGAAUUUUUCGACAUAUUUGCUCGCUAUUACAUACAAGAAAAUGAGCAAGUUGUUGGAGAACCUGGGAACUAUAUUGCUGCGUAUCUUCAGGAGAUUAACAAGAAAGUCCAAGCGGGCGAGAAAACCUACUUGGACAAAUCAAAUCUGUUACGUUGCAUCUUUGAUCUGUUUGUAGCGGGGACAGAAACUACUGCUACCACGCUUGGAUGGUUCUUCUUGUACAUGGUGAACUAUCCACGGGUUCAAGAUAAAGUCUUUGAGGAAAUUAGUGAAGUUGUUGGGCAGGAUCGAGCUCCGAACACCCAAGACAGGUCUAAGCUAGUCUACACAACAGCCACUAUCAUGGAGGUACAACGCCUGGCAAGCUUGCUUCCGUUCAGCGGAGCUCGUGUGGUGCGACGCGAUGUCCAGAUCGCCGGCUAUCUGAUUCCACAAGACAGCCACGUCUUGAUCAACUUCGACACAGUACUGCACGACAAAGCGUUGUGGGGCGACGACGCCGACCAGUUCCGACCUGAAAGAUUCAUUGCGUCCGACGGAAGCUUGUAUACACCGGACGCCUGGAUCCCAUUUGCUAUUGGCAAAAGAAACUGCCUAGGCGAUUCAAUGGCCAAGCUGGAACUGUACAUAUUUGUCUCCAACAUCAUACAGAGAUUCCAGAUUCUGCCCCCUGACUCUAAGAGAGUUCCGCCAUUGAAGGGGUGUCUACAAAUAACCCAUGUACCAUCUCCGUAUGAGGUGAGGUUCGUAAGCAGAACCUCAAGACUGUAG